AUGUCGCAGGUGUGGUUAAUUACUGGUGCCAGCGCUGGGUUUGGCCUCGUCCUUACCGAAGUAGUACUUAAGCAUGGCCACCAAGUCAUUGCAGCAACCCGGAAUCCUAUAAAAGCAGCGCAAGAAAAUCCGCAAAUAGAGUCCCUAGGGGGUAAAUGGGUCAAACUUGACGUCACAUCGCCCUCAGCUGUACAGGAUGUUGACUCUGCGAUCAAGAGUUUAGGAGCAGGGAAGAUCGAUGUCUUGGUAAAUAAUGCUGCCUUUUUUAUGUCUGGUGGCAUAGAGGAUGUCAAUGAGGAAGAAAUACAUAGCCAAUUCAACGUCAAUCUUUAUGGGGCGAUGCGAACCAUCAAAGCUGUCCUCCCGUUCAUGCGCGCUCAAAAGUCAGGCACUAUAGUGAACAUAAGCAGCAUUGCCGCCCUUGAUGGUCUUCCCUCCUGCGGUCUAUACGCCAGCAGCAAAUUUGCGCUUGAAGGUUUCUCCGAGGCUUUGUCCCGUGAGGUUGGAGGGUUUGGAAUCAGAGUUUUGAUCGUCGAACCAGGGGCGUUUAGGACAACUUUUCUUUCUGGCUUCUCUACACCGGCAGCUGGCUUGAAUCCUGCGUACAAGGGGACUCCGCUUGAUGACGUACUACAGAAAUUCACCAGAAUGGAUCAGAAGCAACCAGGGGAUCCGGUUAAAGCGUCCGAGAUUAUAUACGAUGUCGUUACCGGAACCGGGGUCGGAGAGGGCAAAACCAAUUUCUUGCGCUUGCCUCUUGGACCUGACUGUUACCAGAGAUCGGACACCAAAAUUCAGCAGUUAAAGGACAAUCUUGAUGCUUUCCGAGAGGUGGGGAUGACGACAAAUUUCGACUAG